AUGGGUGCUCUAGCCAGCAGGCAACAUGCAGGUGUAGAAGAAGCCGACGUAGUUUCAAAUCAUGCUUAUAAAUAUCCACCAAGAUCUGGUAAUUACUUCGGUAGUCAUUUCAUAAUGGGGGGAGAGAGAUUUGACACUCCUCAACCAGAAGCGUAUUUGUUUGGUGAAAACGCUGAUCUGAACUUCCUUGGUAGCAGACCUACACCUUUUCCAUAUCCACCUCCUCAAUCAAAUGAACCAACGAAAACCUUGAAGAGUUUGAUCAAUAUUCGGAAGGAAUCAUUGAGAUUUGUUCGCUGCCCGGAGCCGGUAGGCAAAAUAGCUGAAAAUAAAAUUAGUGACGGAGCUGUCAAGACUAUGGACUGCAAUGGAAAGGGAACCUACUAUAACAUAGAAUUCACAUUUGAUUGUGAUGUCCGAUGUGCCAUUACUAUAUUUUAUUUUUGUACCGAAGAGGUGACUCCUACCGGCGUUGUAUACUACCCUCGGGAUCCAUCGAUGACGUCCCAGACGUACCACUAUAAGAAGGGAGCCAAUCAACAGUUCUGCCAAAUCUCCCAUGUGUUCGAUCCUUCAAAGCAUCCCGAGGAAGAUCUGGUGUACAAUGCUGAUAGAGAGAUUAUCCCGAUUGCCAUAUACUGCUUGGUUGACGAAGGGCAAGAUGAAAUAAGGCAGUCUCAUACAACAAUAGCUAUCAUAGAGAAACAUUUAGAUGGAACAUAUGUAUUGAAGGCUCUCAAGCAGAAGUUAUUUGUGGAUGGCCUGUGUUACUUGUUACAAGAGAUAUACGGCAUUGAGAACAAGAACCUAGGCAGUCAGCCGCCUUCAGACGAAGAGACAGAGGACGGCGGGUCGGAGUGUGUCAUAUGUAUGUGUGACGUGCGUGACACGCUGAUACUACCGUGUCGCCACCUCUGCCUGUGUAACUCGUGCGCGGACUCGCUCCGCUAUCAGGCCAAUAACUGCCCCAUCUGUCGCGCGCCUUUCAGAGCUCUGCUGCAGAUAAGAGCCUUACAGAGGAUCGCCAACCCUGCACUACCCACCGCUGCUAGUCCACCUGAUGGUAGUAUGGAGAACAUCCCGGCUGGCUACGAGCCGGUGUCCCUGAUCGAAGCCCUAAACGGACCGGCAGCGAGGCCCCGGCCUCCGCCCACCGCGCCCGCUAUUGCCAGCCCUGACACGGACACCGCCUCACAGGCGGCGGAGGUGUUGAACCGCUGUAACCUGGAGCGGAGUUCGUCCACCUCGCUCGGCAGCGGCGGCAGUAGGAAGCCCGCACACCAUCAUCCAUUGACACCAGAGUUCCGUAUGUCGGUGUUAUUAGCUCGCGACGAGGAGAAGAACGCCGAGGAACCGAGACUUAACAAACUGAAAGCACUCUCUAAGAGCUCUCUCAACUCUGAGCACCGGCCGGAGAUCGCCAAGGCGGAGAGCGUCAGUGACGUCACGGGCGAGGGGGACGCGGCGGAGGGCGGGGAAGGCGGGGAGGGAGACAGCGACGACGAGAGGCGGUCACCGCUACUGACGCACCUCACUAACGGGAUCGGCAAGAUGUCAGACAGCGCGGACACUCUGCGCGGCUCGCUGGCCCACAUCGACGACACGGACACCGAGGAGCCCGAACACACGGACACCGAGCGAAACGAACGAAACGAGCGGGACGAGCGAAACGAACGGACCGACAAACAGAGGCUCUCCGAGGGCGCGGCGGAACACACGGACGUUUACACAGCGGACGGUCCGAACGCGGCGGUCGGGACGCACGAGGUAGUUCAUGUAGUGCGGGAGUGCGCGCCUCAACGCUGGGCUCUGCCGCAUCACGUGACAUCCCUUCCCGGCACUCCCCUGUCCCAAGCGAGCGUGAGAUCGUCUGGUGACUCCUACAGUUCAUCGUCUUCUACUCGCCAACUGCUGGCGGGUGCUCCGCUAGCGGCCGACACGCCGUGCUAG